AUGGCUGCCGAAACUAAAAUGGACGAUGAAAUCGAAAUACUACGACGUGAAAUCCAGGAACUACGCAGGAAUUGUGCCGCUAAGGAGAAACGUUUAUCCGAAUUGGAGGCUCAGCAAAAACAAAAUGAACAGGAAAAGCAACAACAACAAGUUGGAGCAGCAGCCACUGAACAAAUGUUAAACAAUGAUGACAUCGCCCGUUACAGUCGCCAAUUGAUUUUACCGAAUUUCGGUGUUAAGGGUCAGCUGAAAUUGAAACAGACCGCUUUCCUCAUUGUCGGCAUGGGUGGUUUGGGUUGUCCCUCAUCUCAAUAUCUCUUGGCUGCCGGUUGUGGUCGUUUGGGUUUGGUGGAUUACGAUGAGGUGGAACGUAGCAAUUUCCAUCGUCAAACCCUCCACACUGAGCUGUCCAUUGGCAUGGCCAAGGUGGAGUCCGCCAAACAGGCACUGCAACAAAUCAAUCCCCAUUGUCAAAUCGAAUGCCACAGGUUGCUGUUGAACAGUGAAAAUGCUUUGGAAAUUUUACGACAAUAUGAUGUCGUAUUGGAUUGUACCGACAAUGUGGCGACACGGUAUCUCUUAAAUGAUGCCUGUGUCAUGUUGAAUAAACCCUUGAUUUCGGGCAGUGCUCUACAAAUGGAUGGCCAAUUGACGGUAUACAAUUAUGGUGAAAAUUGUCCCUGCUAUAGGUGUCUCUAUCCGGUACCACCACCUCCAGAUACGGUUACCAAUUGUGGUGAUGGUGGGGUGUUGGGUGCAAUUACCGGUGUCAUUGGAUCUCUACAGGCUCUGGAGGCGAUCAAGGUGGCCCUGGGAGGUUUGGGUGGUGAGGUAUUAGCUGGUCGCCUACUCAUUUUCGAUGGUGGUCGUUGUCAAUUCCGUAAUAUUCGCUUACGUUCAAAACGUCCCGACUGUGAUGUCUGUUCACCCAAGCCCAUGAUUACCCAAUUGAUUGAUUAUGAACAAUUUUGUGGUAUGCAUGCUUCCGAUAAAGACACGGCUUUAAAUAUUUUACCCUUGGAAAAUAGACUCAGCGUGGAGGAAUAUAUAGAUCAAGUUGUGAAUACCAAACAUAUUUUAAUGGACGUACGCCAACCGGCUGAAUUUGAAAUAUGUCGUCUGCCGCAUUCCGAAAAUGUUCCAUUGAAAACUAUUUUAAAUGAUUCAUAUUUGAAACGAUUUGAGGACGAGUUGAAAGAUGAAGAACGUGGUAUUGUUCUGCUUUGUCGUCGUGGUAAUGAUUCGCAAUUGGCCGCUCAACACAUCCUGCAGAAAUUUCCCCAACGUGCUAUAUUUGAUAUUAAGGGUGGCCUACAUGCCUGGCAUUAUAAAAUUGAUAAUAAUUUUCCAAUUUAUUAAU